AUGGAAAGUAUCAAAUUGAAGGAUGAAGAGGAAGUGACGUGCAUCGUCUGCAAAUCUCAAGGAUAUCUACGGCAGAUCAAAAAAGCUUGUUUUCUUGUUCCAAAUGAUAUCGGCGGGCUCUCAAGCUACGACUAUCAAGCAAAAAAGGGUCAACCAAAAAAUGGGUUUACAACAAAUAGAGUUACUGCUAAGUACCUCGUCACAGGAACUAUAUUUUGGGUCGCGGUUAUGGUAGCGGCAAAUUAUAUCACAAGUGCCAUGAAUCGAUUUGUCCCCGGACACGGAUCAUUUUGCAUCAAAGGUUUUAAACGAUGCUCUGUUGAGGAAAACUUCGACUGGUGCGCGAGCCAGCUUUAUUAUUGCUUUUAUGAAGAUUUUGGCAAUACAACUUUCCAGUUUCAAGAGGCUCCUACGAUUCACCAAGAAAAAGUUUCUAGAAAUAUUGAUCGAAGAAAUUUUACUGAAAAUGAACAAGUCGCCAACAAGGAUCAGUGCUUGUAUUAUUCCAGCAUUGAAGUGAAAAUGUGCGAGACCCUGUGUGACAGCGAAAUUGCCAAGGUUUAUGAUUGUUAUGGCAUUUGCAUGGCCCUUGGAGCUUCUGUCAAAAAGGAAUACUGUCCGUUUGAGAAAAAUUGUCCUCAUGGUUGCCCCUGCCCAUAUUAUCAAUGCGAGACCGGGCUUGCAAUAACAGAGCCAAUUUUUGUGGAAGAAUCAGAAUAUUAUUAUGAUGAUCAAUUAGGAUAUUGGAACUCUCGAAAAUUUUAUACUUUUCUUCUUGCGUUUCUUGACAGCAACAAAACUUUAUCAACAAAGCCGUAUCCUCUUAACUUUACGGAACCGGGGUCUGCUUCUUUUUGUUCGGAAACUUACAAAUCGCAACAUUACAUUUUCCACGGAUAUUCGAAAAUUCAUUUUGAUGAAAACUAUACUUUUCUUGGGGAGACCAAUCAUCUGGAGAUUAUUCAAAUCGACGAAGAAAGAGGUGUUGUUCGCAAAGAGAUCGAAGACAUGAAAGACAGAUUUGAAUUCGGAAAGGAAAGACCAUCAGUUUGCGACUCUGGUAAAUUAAAUUAUGAAGGGGCAAUGGUGGUCAAAGCUUUCGAAGAUAAACACGGAACUAACUUGAUCGUCAGAAAGACAGCUACCGUGAGCAAAAGUUUUUCGUUCUUCAGGCUCUAUGAAGGACACUGGAUUGAGCUUGUUGAUGACCGAGAAUUCAACUGCUACGAAAAGAACUUCUUUUUUGACAUGGAUUCUCAUGAACAAAUAGAUCCGAUUCUUAUCUCGGGGAAACUUUUCAUUCUUACUCCGUAUUCGUUCACUCCUAUGGGCGGAGGAGCACAUUAUUUUUAG